AUGGCUUCAAUUUUCAACCUUCUCUCCCUCACUCUCUUCCUUGCCCUAGUUUUCAAAGCUUAUGGAGACUGUGCUUUGAGUGAAAUUGGAGUUAGACAAUACAAAACAUCAGGGUAUGCACAUGGAAAGGAAGUGUGGAAGGUUAAUGUAACCAACAAUUGUGAAUGUAGUCAAUCACAAAUACAAUUCAAUUGCACUGUAUUUCAAACAUAUUUGUCAGUUGAUCCAGCAAUUUUUAGUGAUGAUUGUCUUCUCAUUCAAGGAGGACUUCUUUAUCCUUCUAAAUCUGCCACUUUCUACUAUGCUUGGGAUCCUAAGUUUAUGUUUACACCAAUUUCUUCUCAAAGUUCAUGUUCUUAG